GUUCAUCCCCCAAAGCGAGCUUCAUGGAUACAAUUUCUAUAAAAACUUUCAAACAUAAAAAAACCCAAGUAAUCGAUGGAUAUUACGUAGUUCAUUACACUCAAUUGCUAAUGAAAAUAUUAGCAGUUCCCCAAUCGGAAUUUGAAUUAUUUUCGAUAAAAAAAAUAAUUUUUAGCAUUCAUAUUAUGGCAGUUAUCAGUCUUUCUGUAUGGAGCAUAGUAUUUCGAUCUCUCUAUGCGUAUUUCAAUGUUAAAGAUUUCGAUGAGCAAAUAAUUGUGAUGACUCCCGUAAUUUUUAUAUUUGUUAUACUUAUUAAAUAUUUUAUCAUUCUUUAUCGACAUAAAGAAAUAAAUCAGUCUAUUGAAUAUAUAAAAAAAGAUUGGAAAAGAAUAACAUCUCAAGAAAGAAAAUCAUUUAUGAUUGAAAAUGCGCGAAUAAGCAAUCAAUUAUCUUUUUUAAUUAUUGUUCUAAUGUAUACCAGUGGAAUGUUCUAUAAUGUAGUAAUGCCGCUUAUACUCCCUAUAGUAUUUAAAACUAAUACUCAUUCAAAUACGUCUGAACGAUUACCGAUAUUUCCGGGCUAUGAUGUUGUUUUUGAUGCCAAAAUAUCGCCUGUCUAUGAGAUAACUUACGUUUUCUUUAUAUGUGCCGUAAUUGUAGUGUUUUCGACAAUAACUUUGAUGUAUAUUCUAACUAUAGUUUUAGUGAGUCAUGUACGUGGCCAAGUCCAAAUAAUUAUCAACUUACUAAAACUAUUGAAAAACAAUAUCAAAGAUGAAAAAACUUUGUUAAUCAGAAUGUCGAAUUUAAUUCGUCAUCAUAUGAGAGCGCUUGCAUUUUCAAAUCAUAUCCGAAAAACUUUAUAUGAAUUGUGUUUUGUGGAUCUCUGGGCGUCUGCAAUAUUUUUCUGUUUAGAUGAAUAUUGUUUUUUGAAGAUGUUGGAUCAAAACGAUUUCAUAAAUAUGAUACCUUAUGCUAUGUUAUUUAUUUCUCUAAAUUUUAACAUACUUAUAAUGUGCUAUUCUAGUGAACUUUUAGACAGUCAGUUUGUUGAAAUUGGAAAAGAAACAUAUAAGACCGAAUGGUAUCGAUUUUCAGUAAAAAUAAGAACAUACUUGAUUUUGAUAAUAAGUAUAUCUCAACGCUCUCAGAAAAUAACUGCUGGCGGUAUAGUCGAGUUGUCCUACGCUACUUAUUUGUCCAUAAUUAAAACGGGGUUCGCUUAUAUGCAAAUUUUACGAGCAGCAGAUAUGUGAAGCAACAUAUAACGAAAGCUUCUAAGAUUUAUUAAUAAGUGAGAUGUACCAUUAAAGAAUGUCUACUUGCA